AUGAAUUACACGCAAAACACCGAACUAUUUGCGGAUACGAGUAAUAACAACCUCAUAAGCGGUGAUGAUGAUAGUGCGGUCACAAGUGACAUUGUUAACAAUACCAUCACUCAUGCUUCCAGUGACGCCAUACCGAUACGCAAGAAGAAAAAUGAAUACGAAAGAUCCAUAAAUUCCUUUUCCUCCAUUUUAUCCGAUCAAACUUCGCCCAACAUAUAUUGGGCACCGUCGUCGUUCAGCUCGAUAACUUCAUUUGACCAACUCUUUGGAAAUUCCAAGAGGGCAUCCACAUCAAGUUUAAGUUUUUUCGGGAUGACUGGUGCCACCAUUUCGGAUCCGGCGGUCCAAGAGAUGUUGCUGAAGGAGAAGGUUAAGAAAGCAAGCGUAGACAUGGAAUUGUUUAUGCGUCAAUUGUAUAACGAUUCAUCGCUCGGAAUGUAUCACAUGAGUGAACACAUUCGGAGGAGGGUGCCACUUAUGGUCGAAGAAAAGAAGGGACUGAUGACCCUAUCGGGAGAAUUGGACAUUGCGAUGUCUGAUGUGAAAGAUUCUCACGAGAUUGCAAAAACAAUUCCGGAGAUUGAUGCAUUUCGCAAUAUCAGCAAAAUGUUAGAAGGCACCAUUGAAAUAAUGGAAGAGGUUAAGGGUAAAGACAAAAAAUGGAAAUUUUGGGAUGAAUAG